AUGAAAGCUUCCCUGUCUCAUGCCGUUGACAUCUACGACCCGAACCGGCCAAAGCUGCCUAUCCGACAGAGACUUCAACACUUUACAUGGGCGUGGUACACUCUGCCCAUGAGCACGGGAGGUCUCUCCCUGCUCAUCUACGCACAGCCAUACCAGUUCACCGGCGAAAGGACGAUUGGCUUGACCGUGUACAUUAUCAAUAUCCUCAUUUUCUCACUGGUGACAAUGGCCAUGACUGCUCGCUUCUUCCUGCACUCCGGGGAGCUUGUCCGGUCUCUCACCCAUCCCCGAGAAGGCUUCUUCUUCCCCACAUUCUUCCUCUCCAUGGCCACCAUUAUCACGAGCACGCAGCGAUACGUCAUACCGGACGACCAUCCGAUUCUGGAACCGGCCGUCAAAGCUGCGUUCUGGGUGUACGUCGCCCUGACGGCGGUUCUCGCCAUCGGCCAGUACAGCUACGUGUUUGCGGCCCAUAACCUCGCCCUAAAGACCUUCAUGCCGACCCUGAUCCUGCCCAUCUUCCCCAUCAUGCUUUCGGGAACCAUUGCCUCCGUCAUCGCGGGCACGCAGCCCGAAUUCGACGCGAUGCCCAUCCUGGUCGCCGGCCUCACCUGCCAGGGCCUCGGCAUGUCGGUGGCCAUCCUGAUGUACGCCCACAUGAUCGGACGCCUGCUGCAGUUCGGUCUGCCCAACCGGGAGCACCGACCGGGCCUCUUCAUGUGCGUGGGUCCGCCGGCUUUUACCGCCCUGGCUCUGGUCGGCAUGGCGAACGGCGUGCCUGACGGCAUCAGCGAGCUGGGCAUCGACAAGAGCGUCAUCAAGGUGGUGGCCAUCCUUGUGGCGGUGUUCCUGUGGGCGCUGAGCUCUUGGUGGUUCGGCAUCGCCGUCGUCGCUGUGGUUUCUUCGCCGCCAAAGUAUUUCCAUCUCGGAUGGUGGGCCAUGGUCUUCCCCAACACGGGCUUCACGCUGGCGACGAUUUCGAUUGCCAAGGAGCUGCUGAGUCCCGGGUUGCAGUGGGAUAUUAUGUAUCCGGGACGAGAUGAGAAUGUGGAAGAUCACUGA